CAAACAAAUGUCAGAGCGCCGGGAACGUACGGCAGAACCCGAAGUGCCCCGAGGUAUCAGUAACGAGACGUGGCGGCAUUCCCUACGUCAUCCGUCCGCGACUGAAGCGGUCCAGGCCGCGCCAUCUUCGAACUUGGACUUCCGGUCGGGCUUCGGUGGUUGGUGAGUGUAUGGCAUCAGCCUCCGCGCUGCCCGAGGACAGCGCCUCUUACUCCCCGCCUUCCCCUUGUAGCGGGGGAGUGACGGCUUUCCCCUGCUCUGCUUGCCAGAAAUAACGUCGUCCUUUCCCUCUCCCUGCCCCGGCGGCGCCGCCGCUGCCGCCCUCCGCUCCAUCAGUAGUAACUCCGCUGCGGCGCGCGCAUCCCCACCCUCCGCCCCGGGCGGCCCUGGGGUGCCUCCUCGUGCGGCCCCUGACCCCUGACCCGUGACGCGCCUCCCCUCCCGCGUCCCGCCGGGGCCCGGUCCGACCCGAGGGCUGGCUCGCGGGCCUCGCUCCUCCCUCGGAGCCCGCCAGAGUUCGCGGAGCGCCAGGACCCAUCCCUUCCUACCCGCCCUUUUGACAAAUGGGGAAACAAGACGUGCCAGGAUCCCAGAUUGAGGCCUUCAAGGGCAUCUGGUCCCGCUUGCUUGUUGUAUAGAGGAGGAAACGAAGGCUCAGAAAGGGAAAGUGACUUUUUCUGGAGACCCAAAGCAAGUCGGCUACGGACCCUGCCCUGACUUUCCCCCGUAGCCCCGGGGCUCCUCACCCUCCACCAUUUCCUCCGUGGCCAUUUGUAUGGGAUGUACGUGUGUGUGCGCGCAUCGGCUUGCGCACAUGCGCGCACACACAUAUAUACGGCUCCGAGAGCGAUUCAUAGAUACGUCAUUUCACCACGAGCCUCACUGCCCCCAUUUUACAGAUGAGUACACUAUUCUCAAAGCAAUAGGAAACCACUGAAGCCCCCUUGAAGUAACGUGACAUAACCACAUCCGUGCUUUAUGCGUAUCAGUUUGGCGAGCGGGAAAUGGAUUCACGUGGGGAGACUGCAUACGGGGAGACGGGGUGUCUGUAGUGCGGGCGAGGUGUAGCCACUGAAGAGUAAUGCUGAUGGAUACCCUAGGGGUCAGCUGUGUUACACUGGGAGGGACCAGCCCCAUGGGGGAAACUACUAUAACAGAGUCUCCUAGAAAAGAAGUACCUGAUCAGCUUGGCGCUGAAGCCCCAACAUCUGGGGCUAAGACAGCUUGUGAGGAUGAUUCCAUAAUGAUGCCUUCAAUCUCUCUUGGACUUGAGGAUCCAUCCAGUAAAGAAAGCCACCCAGAUUCUCAUCAAGAACUGGAAAGUGUCUCCAAACCCGAAGGGCAAGAUGCUUCUUCAGGGAUUCCAGGGAUCUCAAAGGCGAAGGCUCCAAAGACUAGGAGGAAGAAAGGUGUUCGGACCCGAAGAGGCCCAAGGAAGGGUGGAGUGGGCGCUAAGGAUGACUCCCUGUCUACCUUACAACAAGGCAACCCUCCACCAGCGACCCUGGGACCUAGUCCCUUGGAUCCAUCUGGCCCUCCUCCUACUACUAUCCCUAAGAAGCGAGGUCGAAAGUCAAAAGCCGAGCUGCUGUUGAUGAAAUUAUCAAAGGGGCUAGAACAGCCUGAACCCCCACCUCCACAAAGUCCCCCUGAGAACCCUGAGGCUACACCAGGGGCACGACCCCGCCGGCGGGCUGCUAGAGUGGCACUUCUAUACCUUCAGGAACUGGCUGAGGAGCUCUCCUCAGCACUGCCUGCCCCAGUCUCUUGUCCCGAAAACCCCGAGGUGGGUGGUCAAGCUAAACGUGGUCAAGGCCGUCGGCGGGCAGCCUGGCACGGAGAGGAGGAAGAAGACGAUCCGGCCCGGGACGCAGACUUCGUGCUGCAGGCUGAGAUCGAGGAAGGGGGAGAGGAGAGCGAAGCCCCGAGUGAGAGUUCUUCCGACCUGGAGCUCACUGCGCUGCGGGGCAGUGGCCUUCGUGGGGCCGCCUCAGGGAAACAGAAACCACAAUGCCGGGGACUGGCUCCCAAUGGGCUUCCAAAUUCUAUCAUGGCUCCUGUUUGGAAAAGCCUCAGCCUCACCAAGACCCUCCGAGAGCAAAACCAUUCACACUGGGAGUUCCCUGAAUGGAUCCCUUCAGCCUUGAAGUGGCAGUUACUAUCUGAAAGUGAAGCAGCAUCAUACUUGCCUCAGGAGUUGAGGUCUCCUCUUUUUUCUGUGCAACGGGAAGGUCUGCCUGAGGACAGCACUCUCUAUAGGAUAAAUAGGUUUAGCUCACUGGCACCCCAUCCAGAGCGAUGGGAUGUGUCCUUCUUCACAGGAGGACCACUCUGGGCACUAGAGUGGUGCCCAGUACCUGAAGGUGCAGUUACUUCACAGUAUGUGGCACUAUUCUGCAGUCCUAGCAUGAAUGAAACCCAUUCACUGAGCCGGCCUCAUGAAGGCCCUGGGCUUCUACAACUCUGGAACCUUGGGACACUGCAGCAAGAAAGCUGCCCAAGCAAUAAAGCCCACCUUGCCUAUGGCAUUGCUUGUGAUCACGGGUGCAUCUGGGACCUCAAGUUCUGCCCUAGUGGAGGCUGGGAGUUGCCUAACACCUCAAGAAAGGCUCCUUUCCUGCCCCGGCUGGGUCUCCUGGCUCUGGCCUGUUCAGAUGGGAAAGUGCUACUGCUUAGUCUACCCCACCCUGAAGAACUGCUGGCCCUUCAACCUCAAGAUGCUCUCAAACCUCCUAUCUAUAAGGUACAGUGUGUGGCCUCUCUUCAGGUGGGCUCAGUACAAGCAGGGGAGCCCUCUGAGUGUGGUCAAUGUUUCACCCUUGCCUGGAUGCCAACUCGGCCCCAUCAGCAUCUGGCAGCUGGGUUUUAUGAUGGCACAAUAGCAAUCUGGAACCUCCCCACUACAUCAUUGUUGCAACGUGUUCGACUCCCAGAUGGCUCCUUGAAACUCUAUCCCUUUCACUGCCUCCCAGCCCAUGACCAAGCUGUGCGUUGCCUUCAGUGGUGCAAAGCUAAUAGUAACUUUCUAGUCUCUGCUGGAAGUGACCGGAAGAUCAAAUUCUGGGACUUAAGACGACCCUACGAACCUAUCAACUGCAUCAAACGUUUCUUAAGUACAGAGUUGGCGUGGCUGCUGCCUUACAGUGGAGUUACUGUGGCCCAGGACAACUGCUACGCCUCUUAUGGGCUUUGUGGAAUUCACUACAUCGAUGCUGGUUUCCUUGGUUUCAAGGCCUAUUUUACAGCCCCUCGAAAAGGCACUGUCUGGAGUCUCUCAGGCUCAGACUGGCUUGGGGCAGUGGCUGCAGGGGACAUGUCGGGGGAGCUCAUUGCUGCUGUGCUACCUGACAUGGCCCUCAACCCGAUGAAUGUCAAGCGUCCAGCUGAGCGCAGAUUUCCCAUAUAUAAGGCAGAUUUGUUGCCCUACUGGGAGGGUUCUGAAGAACAAGAUCAUCAUGCUGCCUCACCUUUGGUCCCUGGACCUCCCAAGGCCAGAACUUAUGCUGAAACAGUUGAACAUCACUACCUGCUCUUCAGAGACACAGACCUGCGUGGAUUCCAAGAUUUGCUUCAAAGGGAACCAGUACUUCGAAUGCAAGAAGGAGAAGGACGCUCUCAGCUCUGUUUGGAUAGGCUGCAGCUGGAAGCAGUUCACAAGGUACGUUUCAGCCCAAACUUGGAUACCUAUGGUUGGCUGAUUUCUGGGGGCCAGUCAGGACUGGUGAGGGUACAUUGUGUUCGUGGCCUUACCUCUCCCUUGGGCCACCGGAUGCAGCUGGAGAGCAGAGCCCACUUCAGUGCCAUGUUCCGGCCACCUUCCCCACCUCAAGGGCCCAGCUUUCCCUCAACCAACUACCACCUGCUGCCCAACCCAUAGUUUAUUGAACAUGAAGACCUGGGGAUUCAGAAUUCCUUGAUCCUAAUGCUACUUAGUAGCUAUGUGACAUUUACAGCUCUGAGCCAAGCAAAUUGGAAACUUCCCCAAAUUGCAAACUUACCCACGUCUCACAUCUUCGGAAUGGUACAGUAGAAUUUAUAGUCAGAGGACUUAGGUUUGAAUGCUGAUUCAUCCAGUUAUGGUGUAUGUAAUCAUGAGAAAAUCACUGGGGCCUCAGUUUUCUCAUCCAUAAUAUGAAGGAGUUGGACUAGACCUUGGAGGUUCCUUCCAGCUCUAAAUCUACAAUCCUGUUAGGCUGUAAGGACUAACUCCUCGGGACUCUACAGACUGAUCCUGUUCUCCACAAUCACUGCCCCCCCUGCUGGCAGGGGGUGUCCAGAUGUGAACUCUAGUCUUCUCAGUGAAUGCUGCAGAAGCUACCCUAUGCAAGACAUGGGGUUUGGUGUCAAACUGCUCAUAUUGAGCCUAUUGUACUUGGAGGCAGAACUGAGUAAAGGUGCUGAGUGUUUUGGACUCUUA